AUGGAUAUGAAAGUUGAAUCAAAAGGCAAAGUCUGCGUGACCGGAGCUUCCGGCUUUCUGGCAUCUUGGCUUGUUAAGAGAUUGCUAUUGUCCGGUUACCAUGUCAUUGGAACUGUUAGAGAUCCAGGAAAUGAGAAGAAAUUAGCCCAUUUAUGGAGUCUGGAAGGAGCUAGGGAGAGACUCCAAUUGGUGAAGGCUAACUUAAUGGAAGAAGGGAGUUUUGAUGGUGCAAUAAUGGGGUGCCAAGGUGUUUUCCACACUGCUUCUCCUGUGCUGAAACCUUCAUCUGAUCCAAAGGCAGAAAUCUUAAAUCCUGCUAUUGAGGGUACUUUGAACGUACUACGAUCAUGUAAGAAGAAUCCAUCGCUGAGGCGCGUGGUUGUUACUUCCUCUUCUUCAACUGUAAGGGCCAGAGAUGAUUUUGAUCCCAAAAUACCCCUAGACGAGUCAACUUGGAGUUCCGUAGAACUUUGUGAGAGACUCCAGGUUUGGUAUGCCUUGGCAAAAACAUUAGCUGAGAAAGCAGCAUGGGAAUUCUGCAACAAGAAUUCGAUUGAUUUGGUUACCGUUCUUCCCGCGUUUGUGAUCGGGCCUUCUUUGCCGCCGGAUUUAUGCUCUACGGCAUCUGAUGUCCUUGGCCUGCUUGAAGGGGAAACAGAGAAAUUUCAAUUGCAUGGAAGGAUGGGAUAUGUCCACAUUGAUGAUGUCGCAGCUUCUCAUAUCCUUGUUUAUGAGGACAAGGAUGCUCACGGACGGUACCUUUGCAGCUCAACCGUGAUUGAUAAUAAUGACUUGGCUUCCUUCUUGUCGGCAAGAUAUCCUUCCUUAUCUGCUCCCAAAAGGUUUGAGCAACUGAAUAGACCAUACUACGAGUUCAACACCUCGAAGCUGAGGAGCCUUGGAUUCAAGUUCAAGACCAUCAAUGAGAUGUUUGAUGAUUGCAUUGCAUCUCUUGUUGAACAAGGCCAUCUACCUUCACCGUAG